UUAUUUUUAUGGGGCCUCGUCUGUCCAUCCCUUUGAGAACUGUGGCUCUUCUGAAUUAGCCCUUGACUUAGCAGGAAGCUGUUUCAAUUGGGGAAGUAGGUAAUAAAAGCAAUUCGCACAUCUUUUCACACUUUCUUCUUCCAAACACUGGUACACAAGAACGUAGCCCAGUUCACCUUCAGGUGCCUGCCGGCCUCACCACACCUGUCGCAGGUUAUCCUGAAAUGCCUCCUGUCUGAUCCAGCAGAUGAGACCCCCCACACGUAGAAAAAUCCAGGCCAAUCCCAUGUCGAGGAAUUAAAACAAAGUGUUGCUGCACCGUCUCCCGGUCUGUCUGUGUUUAUGAUCCGAGCUUGCGCACUGAGCGCGUCCAUUGUCUGGUCAGGAGCAGCAGCAGCAGCAGCAGCAGCAGCGUCGGCGGCGAGGAGCGGAGAGGAGCGCCCGAUCUGAGCGCAGGGGAGCGGCUUCACUGUGACCCCGAUCUCCGGGGAGGGGGGCAGGAGGAGGAGGAGAAGAAGUGUCCUCUGGUUGGAGCUCACCGGACCGGACCAGCGCUCGGUGACGACGUCAUUUAUUUCCAAGACAGACCAUCUUUUAUUUUUUUUUCCUGGCGAUCAGACAGACAGCAACAGUUGUCACGAUGUCUGAGAUCAGAUGAGUGGAGAGCGGCGGAGUAAAGACUGCGGCGCUCCUGUGAUCCGGACCGGCCGGGGUGAUUCAGCCGUCUGAAGCAGCUGGGACGGCGCGGGGGAGCGGCGUGCAUCUGUUUAACCUUGCAGGGAUUUGGUUCGGCUCGGCAGCCACCCCCUCCGGUUGUGUCGAGGUUAUCUAUUUUAAUUAUAAUAUAUUCAUUUGUCUGAGGGUGAGGUGAAUCCAGACGUCAGGGCUGGCUCAUGUUCCGCUCGACAGGGAAACGGGCUGUUGCGUCUGCAGAGAGUCAGAGCUGACGAGUCUGCUGAGACACACGGACAGACAGACAGACAGACAGGCAGGCAGGCCGAGAGACAGACAGGAACGAGUGGAGGGAAGGGGGGGCACAGCCUGUUUGGGCUUUCUCGACCCCUUUACGGAUCGAGCCACCCAGAACCCCCACCCAUUUCUCUCCCGCUUUGGAUGGGGGGGAAGCAGAGCACGGCAGGGCGGCCCCGGGGUGCUUUUCCCGGCGUCUCUUCGGAUGACAGCGCGGUGCCACCCUCGGCCCACUUUGGUCACUACCGGCCGAGCGGCACCAUGGGCCUGCGGAGCCGCUCGGUGAGCUCCGUGGCCGGGAUGGGCAUCGAACACAGUCCCGCCGUGCCCUUCGGCUUCUACACCCCAAGAGGGACGGACUCGGACCGAGCCGGAGGAGGGUCUGGGGGCACUACGGCGGCCCCCCACGGAACCGGCUACCAGGACUCUGGGGGCGGCGGGCAUCACACGGACGGGGUGCUCUAUUUGGGGUCCCGGGGGUCGCUGGCUGACACCUUACCCCUGCACAUUGCACCCCGCUGGUUCAGCGCGCACAGCGGAUUCAAGUGUCCUGUCUGCUCCAAGUCUGUGGCGUCCAAUGAGAUGGAGGUCCACUUCAUCAUGUGUCUCAGCAAACCUCGCCUCUCCUACAACGAUGAUGUGUUGGCGAGGGAUGCCGGCGAGUGUGUGAUCUGUCUAGAGGAGCUGCAGCAAGGGGACACCAUAGCCAGACUGCCGUGCCUCUGCAUCUACCACAAAAGCUGUAUAGACUCAUGGUUUGAGAUCAAUCGGUCCUGCCCUGAACACCCCUCCGACUGACCGACCACCUGGCCCACUCUGAGUACUCUUCAAGGACAUAUUAGGUUCCUGCCAUGGACAUCUGGACACAGACGCUACCAAAUCUGAUGAAACAAAGUGAUCAUCGCAUACUCGCCGAGACGGAAUCCAUAGUCCUAUCAGACAACUGUUCCUUGUAAACUGAACCAAAAAGAAAAUGAGACUUUCCAACCAUCACGCAUUAAAGGGCCUCUGUUAAGCUUUUUAUUUCGAAACUUGCUGAUGAUACUGCAUACAACGUGGACCCUCUCCCGCCUCCCUUCAGACACCCCUCCAAAUCAAAGCAUGGUCUUAACGGGCCUCCCAUCUCAUCUCUGGAUCCAGGCCAGUCUGUAACUUGCGUCCAGUCCUCCCAUGGCCUUAACUGGGUGGGGAUGGGGGGAGGAAGCAGGGCAGGGUGGGUGGAAGAGGAAAAGGAACCACAUGAGGAUGACGGAGAGGGAGAGGCAGAAAACUGCAAACAGACCUGUACAUUAUUCAGUGCGCCUCUCAUCUCACACAAACAGGACUCCAGCUUGGUGGUGAUCUCUCAUAAAAGACUGCCUCACAGUGCGCUCCUCUUUCAUAGCCCCUGCCUCAGUUCUGCAUACCUUCCGCACCAGAUUAACAACAUCAGAAAGUACAUAAAAUGCUUUUCAGAUCAGGUCAGUGCACAUCUGAGCAGGAAGAGAGAGGAUGUGGCACGUCAGCUUGUCCGGUGCGUUCGCUUGGUGUGAAGAUGGGUGUGGUGGGGUGGAGAAGAGGGGAACGGUCUGCACAUGCUCAGUAUCUGCUUAGUCCAGACUGGGAGGAAGGAGGGAGCCAGAAGCAAUGUAGUUUAUGCCCGUAAAGCGUGUGGGUGUGUGUGUAUGGUUGGGAUGCUUCACCGGAAGGGGUGUGUGUGUGUAGGCGUGCGGGUGUGUGCGUGUGUGUGUGUGUGUGUGCGUCUGUGUGUCCUUGGAUUGUGUCAGGUUACUGAAGCCAUGUGUGUGUGUGAAAGGUCGUUGUAGAGGGCUGACUGGGACAGCGCUGUGUGUGUCUCUGUAUUGAAAUGUUUACAGUUUAGAUGUUCCCUGUGUGUGCAACUGGCAGUCCUCCCUUUACGUUGCUAAUGUUUACAGCUGCAGAAAAGCAACAUGACAUAUUGUAAAUUUCACUUGUAACUUGUCUCAGUUUUCUCUAUCAGAUCUGCCAGAUUUUUCAUGUAAAAAUUAGUCAUUUCUUAAAGAGAGAGAGUCUGGAAUGAGCGCGAGUGCAAGACUGUGUCCAUUCAUAUGACUGCUUGCAUGGAAGGAUUACUGAGUGGAACCAGCCAGGUACAGAACCAAAGGACCCAAAUAGUCACAGACAAACAGAUAGUUUUAUUUUUUUUCCAUUUGGAGGCCCACUUACAAUUCAAAAAGAGAAACUUAUUUAUUAUUUGUCCAGCAGCCAGUCACUCUCCACAUGGGGAGUAUAGACAUAGACAGUAAUUGUGAAAGAAGCAUGCUGGUCACAGAGUGCUGUAUCCAAGCAUAUCACUGUAAGCGUUGUAAAACCUGUCCAAGCAACAGAAAACUCCAGCCUUUUUUUAUUGGUGUUAUGUAAUGUUCUUGCUUAGGAAAGGUCAUAACCAUCAAAAGAACCAACAAACAAACGCUUGAAAUGUGUGUCAACACUUAAUCUGUUUAACACAGAUGCAAUAAAUGAGUUUUACAUUUUUCUUUUAUGAUUUUUUUAAACUUUUUAUUUCAAAUAAAUAUUUUAGUAUACACCCAUAAAAAUGAGCAACCAAUGCAUUUGUUAACAUGUCCUUUAAGAAUUUCAUAAAAUUUCCCUGAAGUCAUAACAUUUGCUUACACCUCAGGUCAUCUACCUAACCUAGAAAUUUAGAAUUAAAACUGAUAAAAACAGCAAAAGCAGGACAACGCCCAUAACAGUCAAAUAAAAAUGUACAACAGUGCGGCAGCAUCGUUGUAUGCUAUGAAAUAGCAUCCAACUAUAAUAAUAAUAAUAACAAUUAUUAUUAUUAUUAUUAUUAUUAAAAAUCACAGUAUUUUUUGUUAAACUGAAGACCAUUUCUAUGUUUGGGACUGAUCGUGAUUUAAUUAUGACUUAUCUUUUAAAAGGGCUUUUCUGAAAUUCUAACAUUACCAAAGUCACAGGGAUUGAGACAGGGUAUUUCACCAUAAAACUAGAGGGACAAGGAAACAUUGAUAUCAAGAAUGUCUUUGAGGUAUUUGGAAAAGACAUAUCAUGAAAAGGUCAAAUCUGACUGUUUGUGGUCACUACUUCCAAUUGCUGUCAGCUUGUGACAUUGUCUGCUUCAAACUUGACCCUCUGUUGUUUCUAUAUUUGAGAACUUUUAUUUUAAAAUAAGAAAGUACGAGUUUUUAGUAAUUACUUAAAAGCAGAUAUGUAUUUAUAUAUCCCUGAUCGGUACAAAAAGUCGCAGGGCAAUGGCGUCUUUUUAUGUCUGAAAUGGUUGAGUAUAAGAUAACUAAAUCUGCAAACAUAUGAAAUUGAACAUGAUCUGUUCCCUCCUCUAACAAGGGAGAGUGAAAAUAAACAACAAAGGCGCUUAAGAAAGCUAGAGCAUCACUCAAAGCAAAAAUGGCUGCAAAAAGAUUCUGCUAAAACCUUUACAAAAAUUUUAAAAUAAAUAAACAAAAAUUAGGACGCAUAAGGCAACUGCAUUUGGAUUCUUCAAAAUGACUCAUGUGACUUUCUCAGUCCUCUUUUCCUUCUUCUGUUCUCCGGUUGCUCUGUUGGCUCGUAAUCCCUCCAUGACUGUUUGUGCAUGUGUGUUUGCAAAUCAUAAGGGGGCCUCUUGGUCUCUGCUACAGUCAGCUCCCCCACAUUGUGUUUCUGCUGGAAACAGAUGUAUCUGUCUGCGACUGGAGAUGCGAGGCACUCGGACCCUCAAAAGGACUCUCGUUGUUCCACUGUGCAGCCACUGAACGGGGCUUAUUUAUUCAUUUGUUCAUAUUUAACAACAUUUGUUUAAUAUUCCAAUCAUGUGAGGUGUUACUCACUCUUCAGAAUGCCAAGAGCUGAUGUGUGAAGACUACUACGAAUCAACGUACAAACUGCAUUUACAAAGCUACUGUAAACAAAUGGUGGAAUAAAUUGUGCUAGAUGAAAAAAG